UCCAUUGAGGGUUCGGAAUUUUAUGGCUCCAAACAUGAAUUGUAUUUGAUAUCACAUUUAAUAAAAGCAGCAUAUGUUUCAUUUUAUGUUCUUCAUUUGUCAAUGACAAGGUCGUUACAUUACUGAGAUAUUUUUACAAUUGAAAAUAUUUACCAAGGAUUUUGUAAAUUCUAUUUGUGAAUUUUAUACUCUACUUGGAUUUAUACGUUUGGAUCUGUUUUAAUUCAGCUAUGAGGAUACAGCUUUUAACAUUGCUCCUCCUGGUCGUGUGCCUCGCAUUGGCAUUGGCUGGUAAAAAGGGUUGUAAAGGCAAACGUGGUAAAAGAAAGUGUCGUACAACUACAACUACAACUACUACUACUACCACAACUACAAAUACUACUACUACUACACCGAACACUACAACUACUACCACUACACCGAAUAACAUAACCACAGCCACAAAUACCACUACGGCGCCAGUUAACUGCAUUGAAGUUAAUGAUGUCAGAGAUAGUGGCGAAAUUGAUGAAGGCACCCCGGACGCACCACCUCGAAGUGGUGCAACUUAUUACAAUCAGUUUUUAGAUGUGUGUGACCGACCAAGUAAUGGUACCAGGGCGACGGUAUCUAGUUUAGCUGGCAGGGCGUCGAAUAUGUUAGCAGUAAGUGGGCUUAGUGCUAAGUGUGGUUUCUGGAUAAUUAUACAGACGAGCACACACGAAUAUGCUGGCUCGUGGGAUCCUUAUGCAAUACGAUUUUGGAACAAUGAAGAAAAUGGCGCAUCUUUAAAGUUCCCUAUAAACAAUGGACGGGACGACAAAGAACCAGGCUCAUGGGACGCAUAUGGUGUCAUUCUUCCAAAAUAUAUCCCAAAGCCACCAAAAUGGAUAAGAAUCUCAAACGAAGCAAAGAAAGAGUUGUGGGAUAUGGACAACUGGAAAAUAAAAAGGGUCCUCGUAGUGAACACGUGUUAUGGCAAAAUCUACGAAUUCGGAUGUGGCUGUUGGGUAGUGCGUCGUAAGAAAAGUUACGUUUGGCUUGAACGUAGAUUUGCGAGUCCAUUUUAA